AUGAAACGCCAAACAACCCUUCUAUCGCCACUCGAAGGCGGCGCCAAACGCUGCCCCAUGAAGAAGAGGCGCAGCAAAUACUUUUCCAAAGAGAGUAGAAAGAUGACCGGGAAAGAAAACACCCCCUCCAAGAGGACACAUGAUGGGGGAGCAGGAAACUACGCCAUCCCCAUUUCGACUAGUGUCUAUAACUCGACCAUUUUGCAUGGGAAGCUUACGAGUGGAGAAGCAACGGGGGGGAAGGGACAUGAAUUGACGUCUGAUCGUAGUACCCCCUAUAGGUACCUCAAAAAUAAUGUAGAGGAAACUUCCCCCAGGACAAGCGAUCAGACGAGGUUUGGAAGGGGGGGCACUUCCCCUCUUGAUAAGGACAAUUCUCUAAAGGUGAAAUUUCAAAAGAUAAUCUCCACCUACCACACCUUUACCGAGCUGAUGAGGAAGCUAAAGUUGAGUAACGAACAACUGGGAAAACAUGCCAGCUGUCCUACAUGCAGUAAGAUUUCAGUCAUUCUGAAGGAGGGGAAGUAUGGAAACUACUUCGAGUGCACACAAUGUCAUGAGAGGGUCUCCAACAGGAGAGUAGAGGAUUCCAUUUUUGAUGAACGAGAAAAAAUGUUCCUUCAAAAUAGAAAAAAAAUCUGCUUCGAAAUGGAAAAGCCAGACUCCUAUCGCAUUCACCACUUUGGAAACCUCGCCUUUGCCAACGACUUCAACAAAAUCGUAAGCGACGUAAUAAAGGAAGUGAUAACCGACUUGAGGAAAAUAAAAAGACGUAAAAUAAAAUAUAGACAUAUUAUAAAGUAUAUAUACAAGAUUAAUACAUGUGGCUCUUUCUUCGAAUGUGCAAGGAGGACAAAACGGACAUGUUUGCGUCCUGCAAGGCACGUUUGCUCCUCCUUCUCCCAUAAGGGGGAGUCACACUCCAUCUUCAAGUCCAUUUGGUGGAGGUGCAACUUUUCACUAACCCGAAAAAGAUGUGCAGCCCUCCUCAGGAAGAACAACUAUGCGAAGGUAAUGUCGAAAGGGGGCGACGAAGAACUGUACAAUUGCACAUUUGUAAACCAUAUUGAAAAGGGGAGGGAAAAAAAAAAUAAUAGCCAUUUAUUUGAAACUCUAAUUGAUAAGCAUACCCAGUGGUACAUAAACGGACGUGACUUCUUCGAUGAGAUGAAAUAUCUCCCAUUGACUUGGAAACCCAGAAGGGACUACAUACAGAGUGGAAUCUUCCCCUUCCACCUGUCCAAAGAUAUUAAGAAAAAAGCCUCCUUUAGAAGACUCAGUGUUAACAAUAACAGCUAUCUCUGCGGGUGUGUCUUCGACCUCUGCUCCUACCCUCUAAUGCUACGUUAUUUUGUAUUCCGCUUAUACAACCAGUGCUUUGUGCAUGAAAUUCCCUCCUGCGUCUUCCACUACUUUGGGCACGUCUACCCGUGUGUAGGUCAGAAGACACAUGUACAUAAGUUUUUUUUAAAAUGGAAUUUCUCCACCGUAAUGAGGACGACCUGCGCGAAGUAUGAGCGAGAAAUGGAGGAGUGUCACCAACCGGAGGAGUGCCUUGACGGAGCGCACGCACCACGCCGUCGUGUGACUGCUAACAGGGGAGGGGUAAGCGAAUCAACCAUUACCUACCCCCCCAUGCACUCCUCCCAAGAACAUAACCAUAUAACCAGCUCAUACAAUUUGGACGACCUAGCCAAAUCCUCCUACCUUUUCAGUCGAGAAAAGCUUAGAGAUCAUAUACUAAGACAUCACUACGAGAAAAAAAAGCAAAAAGUUAAGAAAAAAAUUUUGAAGGAAAUUAAAACUAGGUGUCUUGAAGAAAUAAAAAAAAAACUCCCCAGGAGGAUUCAAAAGGUGAUCCUACCAUACCAGCUAAAAUCUGUGUACUUUUUUAAAAAGCAAAAUGGAAGAAUAUUAAUUGCAGACGAAAUGGGACUAGGCAAAACUUUGCAAGCCAUUUGCAUUUUCCACUUUUUUCGUCUUUACCCUACACUCAUUGUAACUCCAUCGUCUCUGAAGCUUAACUGGGCCUGCGAGAUUGAGAAAUUCUUACCUGCCUUCGACCCCUCCAAGGUCCUCGUGGUCAGCGACUCGAACGACUUCCCCAGGGGGGCACGCCUCUACAGAAUCAUCAUCGUCUCCUUCGAGCUAUACAAAAAACUGGCUCACCUGAUAAACGAAAUAAAGUUCAAACUAAUCAUCGUGGACGAAAGUCAUUACAUAAGAACGGUGCAGUACGGAAAACAAAGCCAGCUAGCCAAAAUGAUCAAAGGCACCAUUAAAAAGACAAAAAAAGUCAUCUUCCUCAGCGGAACUCCCUCCAUAAACAGACCCAUAAAUAUAUACCACCAAAUUAAGUACCUCAUAAACAGCCAAAAAAUUUUCUGUAAAAAUAAGUUUACCUUUGGGGAAGAAUUUUGCAAAAAAUAUUUUUGCAGAGGACAAAAAAUAUUCGAAGAAAAUUUACGCUCCUGGGAAUUCCACCUUUUCUUAAAAAAAACGGUCAUGAUAAGGCGGUCCAUUUCAGACGUGUUUGCUUCCAACUUUCCUGACUUGAAGAGAUUCUUCGUAUACUUACCCCAUGGACCCUACACCAUCAACACAGAUGAUCACGUCAAUUCCUUGUCGUCACCCUCCCCGUGUCCCCCAAGUGGGGAUAAAAAUGUUCUACAAAGUUUUGUGAAAGACUCAACAGAGGAAGGAACUCAGUCGGUUGGCACAGAUUUCGCAACCCCAACCAGACAAGCACUGAGCGAAUUUUUUCAAGUCAAAAUUAAAACAAAAAAAGUAGAGGAGGGACUGUCAAAAGUGAUUCAUGCGAUGAGAUACAUAGAAGAAAAUUUCCCAGAAAAAAAAAAAAUAAUUUUUUGCUACCACCUAACUGUGUGUAAAUGCAUCGAAGAGGAAUUGCUAAAAAUAAUAAAAAGAAAAAAAAAACAAAAUGAACAAGCCAUUAUAGAUUACGUGGUACUCAAUGGAACUUUAAGUGAAAAGGAAAAGAGAGAAAAAAUACAAUACUUUCGCAUGAACCACACCUGUCAAUAUGGCAUUUUCACAAUCUGCGCAGUUAGCCAUGGACUAGACUUCACCUUCUGUAACUUAUGUUUCUUCGUAGAAUUUCCUGUAAAUUUUUUUCACCUUCAACAAUGCGAGAGCAGACUGUUUAGGAAGAACCAAAAGUUCAACACGUACGUUUUUUACUUCCUCUUAAAAAAUGGCUUAGGGAGUGAUUACAAAACGUGGACGAGGUUCACGCUAUGUGCACAUAGCACUCGCUCUAUAGUCGAUGGAACGGAGUUUGUUACCAAAGAUCUCCUCUAUGAGAACGUGUCGGGGGACGUGCUUAUGCGAAGCGUUCAGAGUGGGUCACAGGGGGGGGGUGAUCUGUCCAGAAGCAGUUACGCCCCAGAGGAGACAAGCGGCCAACCGAACAACGAACUGAUAGUUCAACAGUGCAACGACUUGAUAGGCCAACCGCACACCGUGCGAAGCACGCGAAAACGAAAAUUCCUCUUCCAAAUAAACACCCUCACAAACAGAAUCCACGCCUACUACCAAAACAAGAAGACCAAUUUCGCAGUGGAGCAUUUGAUGACCAGCCAUCGGGGUGAAGAAAAGGCAAGGACGCUCCUCACAAAAUGCGCAAUUAAAUUUUUGCAAAAUUACAACAAACUAAGCACAAACGAAAAAAAGUUAAUUGAAAAGAAAAAAUGUGACAUGCACAUAUCGAUGGUUUCCCGUCUGCGCCAUGGAGAAAAUAAUAAAAAAAAAAAAACGUUAAAAUUUGAAAGGUACUUAAAAAACUUUACCGAAAGAGAUAAGACAUACGUGAAGACGUACCUUAAAAACAGCUUCAGGGGAAAACUACAAAACUUCUAUUACCAAGAAUAUGAUGAGAAAAAAAACGCAAUUAAAUGUUUACUCUGUAAAAAUGAGUUACCCCCUUGUUCCACUCUUAUAAUAGGCGAAUACAACGUUAUGAAAUAUUUGUAUGACCACUCAGACAACGCCACGGUCGAAAAAUUUCAUAACGAAUUCAACACGAUUAAAUUGCAAAAUUGUAAUGUUAAAAAUAUUAUCAUAUGUGAUGAAAGCAAUAUGUUUUGCGAAGGCAAGUGCAGAAAAAUUUAUUUUUUAAAAAAAAGUUCCAACAGUAUACGAAGAUUAAUUUAUGAAAGAGAUAAAGGCAUUUGUAACAUUUGCAAAUUGGAUUGCACAAAUUUAAUUAGACAAAUUAAAAGUCAAAAAUAUUUUUCAAUUAACGAAAAAAUUGAUUAUUUUAUUAAAAAAUAUCCUUUAUUUAUAGAAGACAUUAAUCAUCUCACACACAUACUUGAAAAACCCAUGGAGGGACACAUCUGGAACGUGGACCAUAUUUUGCCUGUUUUCAGGGGAGGCGGAGAGGCCUCAUUUGACAACCUACAGACUUUGUGUACCUUCUGUCAUAAGAAAAAAACAAAAGACGAUUAUAAGGAAAAAACGGAAAAGAGGGGUUAUCCUGUGGACAGCUCCCCUCCAAAAUGA